UGAAGCAUUAAUCCUUCAUUGAGCUUAGAGGGAAUUUAUGAGCUAUCACUGGGUGCUAAUACAGUUUGGAGAUUGUUCAUGAUGAUGAAAUGCUGAUACCUCGAAGAGAUCUUUGAAAUUUAGAAUUUAAUUAGGAUUUUUAGGAUAAUUUGGGAGAAUUCUGUAGCUUUGCUUUCAGAAGUAUGCUUUGAAUCAAUUACUGGAGAGAUAUAGCUUAAUUCUUGCAUAGAACAUAAGUAAAGCUAGUUAUACUUACUCUCUUUGUUAAACUCAAAAUCAUUGGUAGUAUACUAAAGAAAAUAAGAUCCUUAUUUUACAUCAAAUAAGGAUUGUUAUUAGGAAUUUUCUUUAAAGGAAUCUUAAAUUUGUGAGAAGGCUCUUUAAAAUACUUUUUCACAACAAAUUUGACUAAAAAUAGCCUGACCAAAUUAACUUCGAAUUUUAUAUCCUUAAGGAGCAUCGGCCAAAACGGUAUGAAGGAUCAUACUUCAUCUUCCUUUUUUAAGUCUGUGUCCUAAAUUAAAAGUAAAUGUCAAACUUAAACUCUGAGUACUUGCUAGAUCUUGUAAUCGUUCUAAAAUUUGAUAAACUCUUCUUAUCUCAGAGUGAAGGCUAUAGGCACAAGAUAUAUCGGACAAAUGUAUUCCUGAGAUCUUAUCUAAAUCUGGUUUCAUCAGUGCAAAUAGUCUAUCAUUUAUGUAACUUAAUAGUUAUUGCUCAUUAUCUAGAAAUGCUUUCUCUAGUGAUGUACAGAUCUUUCUUUUUAUGGCAAAUCUUUCAUUCCAUAUUUGUCCUUGUGAUUAUUUCUAUGAUAGCACUUCUUAAAGGAGUCAUCUAA